CAGAGUCUCUGGAGCCAAGACGGAAUACGAAGCGCCUGUUAGAAAGACUAUGUUCUAUUCUAAGGACAGCCUUAUACGCGGUCGGAUACACUCGUAUGCCGGGAAUAAUUGGAUGUCAUGAAACGGCUGAGCCGUUGCUCGAUAUAAGUAGGAAAAUGCAUUUCGUAUGGGCGUUGUUUCAUUCACAAGUGCCCUUCUAGGAGAGAAUUUGUUCAGAAUCUCCCAUUUCAUUCUUACAGAAAGAAAACAAACUGAAUCAUCAUAGUGUACCUUGGAAUUAUCACAUAUGCAAUGCAUGUGUACUCACCUGAGUGAGUGAGCGAGUGAGUGAGUGAGUGAGUGAGUGAGUGAGUGAGUGAAUGCCAAGAGGAAGUGGCCCGUAGCCCAAAGGCGAUUGGCCACGGGAUGUACUCACCUAUACCUGCUAAAUACUUCCGUCACUUGUUCGCUCUGUGGAGGUAAUGGAAGGUUCAACCCAGUUCAACAACAGCCCGAGGUAACGCAUCGCGAGAUCUUCGUCGUCGUCCGCCGUAACAACAUCAACAUCGGCAAUGAGUUCGAACGACGCACCAGUUUGCCGAAUAUGCCACGGUGGAUCGAGCCUUGGCGCCCUCAUCAGCCCUUGCCGUUGCUCCGGUACGAUGCGUCUGGUCCACCGGGAAUGCCUGCAACAGUGGCUGGCUGUCAAAGGCAACGACAAGUGCGAGCUGUGCAAGGCAACAGUUCCCACCAUCCAUAUGCCCAAGACGCUAAUCGAAUGGAUGACAGAUCACAGUACCAGAGACCAGGUGGAAUGCCUAGCACUGGACAUCGUAACCAUGUGCGCCGUGACAUUUUUCACAUUCACGUGCUUGGACAACGCUCUCCGUUUCGUCCAACAGCCACAGUUGUCAGAGAUGCUCCAGUUUGGUUCCAUCACCGUUUUUACUUGUGGACUGCUGCUCUGCUGGAUGACCUUCAAAAUCGCUUACCAUUACUGGGUACAGAGGAAGUGGAGAAGACGGCACGGCAGUAUCCGGAUCAAUGUCAACUGAUCCAGACGAAACAGGUUCCUGUCCACAUGCUCCGCCAGAGUCGCUAUAUCGGCCCGCGGGAUCUCCAUCAUGACUGGACGGUUGAAAUUGGAAUUUUGCACGACAAAAGUGGGCCGGCUGCCGCGUAUACCAGGCGACAACUAUAACCGUAUAAAGCUCCCAUCAGGGCGCGUAGAAUAAUGAUGAUCCUCAAUUCAUAAAAUAUAUCCUAUAGAGGAUAUGCGCUGCUUGUACAAAAAUUCGAGAUAUUAAUUAUAAUGAGAAGCAAAUAAAACCUUCUCCCGUUUUGGUACACUGGAA